ACUCCCUGUUUCACUUGCUACAACUUUGGAUGAAAGAAACACUGGAAACAACAAUCGGCGUGCUCUCACCUUUACGCACAAUAUGCCAAGUAAUACGCAAUGCUUAUUUUGCAAGUGUGAGACAGAAAGUGGAAAAAUAUGUUUUGGAAUUGAAGCACAAUACCCUACCUUUUGGCAUGGAUGUAUUUUUCAACUAGUAGGUUGACAGGCUUACUUCCCAUAGUAGUAUAUACUAGCCUACUACCGCGUAAUAGCCUACUGAUUCGGUUAUAGGCCUACUUGUAGUGGGUAGGCUACUUUAUAAAUUAAUUGCUUUCUCUCUACUCGACAUAUUCAGAGAACUGAAAAUGGAAAAUGUUACUGAAGCUCAAGAGAAUCAGACUUGGGGGACUUGGACGGACCAAAUAAUCGAAUACAAAGUGGUGAGCACUUUGUUAGUUUUCGUGAUAUGCGCCUUUGGUAUCGUUGGUAAUGUUAUGGUGAUCUUAGUGGUGCUUACCACUAAACACAUGAGGACACCCACCAACUGCUACCUGGUGAGCUUGGCCGUUGCGGAUCUCAUCGUACUAAUUGCGGCGGGCUUACCGAAUAUCACGGACAGCAUCUUCGGGUCUUGGGUGUUCGGCCGGUCAGGAUGCCUCGGAAUCACCUACCUCCAGUACCUGGGAAUCAAUGCAUCGUCCUGCUCUAUCACCGCCUUUACCAUCGAAAGGUACAUCGCUAUUUGCCACCCGAUAAAAGCCCAGUUGCUGUGCACACUGUCCAGAGCCAAGAAGAUAAUAUUGUUUGUCUGGGUUUUCACUUUACUUUACUCCGUCAUGUGGCUCUACCUGUCAGAUAUCAAAGAAGAAGCAUAUGAGAACGACGUGACCAUCGUGACAUGCAGCUACAAAGUUUCAAGACAACUCUAUUUGCCCAUUUACUUUUUGGAUUUCGGGAUAUUUUUUGUUGUGCCGCUUAUGCUGGCUACCAUUCUGUAUGGUCUCAUCGCCAGAAUCCUGAUCAUGAAUCCGUUACCUUCUGAACGCAACGAUAAAAGUAAAAAUGAACAAAGCAACACAACAAGGGGAUGUAAAAACUCCCACCACACCAGCACUACCGCUACUUCUCGGAGACAGGUGACCAAGAUGCUGGCUGUGGUGGUGAUCCUGUUCGCUGUGCUGUGGAUGCCGUACCGCACCUUGGUGGUGGUAAACUCCUUCCUGGAGCAGGCCUACAUGAACACCUGGUUUAUCCUCUUCUGUCGGAGCUGUGUCUACCUCAACAGCGCAAUCAACCCUAUCAUCUACAAUGCUAUGUCGCAGAAGUUCCGUGCCGCCUUCCGCAAGCUCUGCCUCUGCGGACGGAAAGGCUCUGAGAAGCCUACCGGCGGCACAUACAGCGUGGCGCUGACCUACAGCGUGGUCAAAGACACGUCUAUGGUGGAGACUACGGACCAAUUCAACACAGAGCUGGACGAGAUCAUGGUAACCUGUGAGUUGCCUGACAAGAAGAUGGUGUUUCAGGACACCUGUGUGUACGGCAAGGUGACUUUAUGCAAUGACUGAUGUUGUAAGUUUCGGGUUCAGGGUUCAGUCACUGAAAAUGACAGCUCCUCUAAGCCUUGAGGGAUAGCUUUGGAGGUGCUAAAGUUUUUGGUUUGAACAGUGUAUAUUUUAGAGCUAUUGGUGUGUCUGGCCUGUCAAGUGUGAAAACAGUGUCCUGGGUGAAGCUAACAAAACUUUUUAGUCUCCAAGGGGCUGUCCCUGCCUGAGAUGUGAAUACAUUAUUACUGUAUAUUUGAGUCACUUUUUGCAAAUCCAAUGUAUUUUCCACAUAUAUUCCAUGUCACAAUACUUUGACAAAUUACAUUGAAACAAUGUUGAUUCAACCAGUUUGUGCCCAGUGGGAUCUUCAGAUACACAUUGUGAGCUGUCCAGGUUUGACUCAAGGUGGACAUUUCCCACUGAAUGAGACCUCACUGGACUGAGAGGCAAGCAGGGUUAGCAACUAGAUGUGCUGAGGCAACAGGACUAUGACUUGCUCUCAACUGUCCUGUGUCACAGCCAUUUUCACUCACAUUGAAGUGGACUAUCAAGAGACCCAAGCUUGACCUUCGGUGAGUAAUUGUAAGGCCCCUUGUACAGUACAAUGUGAAGGCUAUGUGGUGACACAUUACUGUGCUGUGUUUGCUCUUCAGACACAAGUUCCAAGAGCAGAUACACGUUUCAAGUGUGUGCUCUUGGGACACAGACAAUGUGAACUACCCUGGUAUGACUGAAAUUGCACAUUUUCCACUCUUAAUGAAACCUCACUGGCAGGGUCAGAGACAAGCCUCUCUCCUUCUCUCUUUCUCAAACAAGGUAUACAGACCUAGGAUAUGACUCAUACCAUGUAUUAUUCUGUAAACAGUCAACAUCAAUUGACUUAUGAGUCUAAGGCCGAUUUCCUUUAUGCAGGCCUAUUUCCAAAUGUAUAUUUUUCUUUAUUUUAUUAAAUUAUGGACCAUAUUAUUGUGCAAUGUGGAAAAAUCUGUAGGCUAUUUGUUACAGAGAGUAAAAUGUGAACAUCAAAACAUGAGUCCAUUUUGGAUGAUCAAGAGUGAGUGAUUAUGAUUUUGAUACAGUUACUGUAUAUAUUGUGGUAUAUUAGGACUUUUCAGGUCCCCCAGUCCAUUUAAUCUUAGUUAUUCAUUGGGAUUUUAAAGGCAAAACUGAUCCUGCUUCAGCACUCCUGCUCUGAGACGCUUGAUACAUAUUCCCCCUGGAUCCUGGAACUGAGGAAUCUAUGUGUGCCCGGCUGCACAAAGGCAACACAAUUUGGCAGGGUGCCAUAACUGUCAACAUAAAUCUCUAUCAUAUUUCUUAGCCAGCUGUACACUGCCGCGAGAUCAAUGAUUAUUUGAAUGUAGAGUGAUCAAUACAUUUUACCUCCCAUGAAUGUACAAAUUUGUCACCUUGAUUAUUAAUGAAAUCAUGCAUCACUAUGUGGAAACUAUCAAAAUAUAUUUUGAAACUAUUUGUAAAGUAAUCGUUCUUGUAGUUUAUUUAAAAUCCUGUUUGCUUGAGGUGAGGAUCGCUGUAUGUGGAUUGAUGUACGAUUUUUCUGUGAAUUAUCAGCUACAUAUACAGUAAAAGUACUUUUUUUCCCUUAGUGCUGAAAUGGAUAUCAAUAUUUAGAUAUCAAUAAGAUAAACAGAUAUCAUUAAGUAUAUUGUGCAGUAACA